AUGGCUUCUUCAAGUUCACACGCUUACAACAAGAACUACGAGUAUGAUGUGCUUCUUAGCUUCAGUGGUGAAGACACUCGCAAGACCUUUGUUGAUCAUCUUUAUGAUGCUCUUGAUCGACAUGGUAUUUGCACCUUCAAGGGCGAUGAGAAACUCCAGAAAGGAAAAGAGAUAAAUGGUGAGCUCUUACAAUCUAUUCAAGACUCCAGAUGCUACAUAGUUGUGUUCUCCAAACGCUACGCAUCUUCAUCAUGGUGCUUAAACGAGCUUUUGAAGAUCAUGGAGUGUCACAAGACGAACGGGCAGACGGCUUUCCCCGUGUUCUACGAUGUGGAUCCCUCUGAAGUACGAAAACAAACUGGAGCAGUUGGGGAUGCCCUUGCCAUACAUAGGAACAUGAAUGAAUCAGAGGUUGGAAGAUGGAGAGAUGCUCUUAAAGAAGCAGCCAAUUUGUCUGGUUGGGAUGUCAAGAAGACUGCUAAUGGGUAA